CACGACGCCGUUUAGUCCCUAUAUCGAAGUUAAUGCCACGAGCCUAAGAUAUAGGGAGAGAUUUGCUCCUUAGAAUAUCAGAUCAAGAUCUGAAUCAAGAAUCUUGAAUUUUCAGCAAUCAAAAUGUCUUACUACCCAAAAGGCUACCACGGCGAAGACGACGAAGGCGCUGUGUUCGAGGAGUACGAUUCAACACCUUAUGGUGGUGGAUACGACAUUGCUUUGACUUAUGGUCGUCCACUUCCCCCAUCUGAUGAAACUUGUUAUCAACCUUCAUCAGCUUCUGAUGAAUUCGAUUAUGAUCGUCCUCAGUACUCUUCUUAUGCUGAGCCUUCUGCUUAUGGUGAAGAAGCUCUUGAUAAUGAGUAUCAGAGUUAUUCCAGGCCUAAGCCUCGGCCCACACCUUCUUAUCAGCGUCCAUCUGAGGUAACUUAUGAGGAGCCUCAGGCUAAUUAUGGGUUUCAGCCUAGUGUGAAUCGACCUGGUGGCGGCGGGUAUGGUGGAGAAACUGAAUAUGAAGAGCCCAAACCCCAAUAUGGAUCUGGGUAUGGAAGAAAGAGUGAGUUUGAAGAACCGACACCCCAGUAUGGAUCUGGGUAUGGAAGAAAGAGUGAAUAUGAAGAGCCUACACCCCAGUAUGGAUCUGGGUAUGGAAGAAAGAGUGAGUUUGAAGAACCGACACCCCAGUAUGGAUCUGGGUAUGGAAGAAAGAGUGAAUAUGAAGAGCCUACACCCGAAUAUGGAUCUGGGUAUGGCCGAAAAAGUGAGUAUGAAGAGCCCAAACCCGAAUAUGAGAGGACGAGUGAAUAUGUAGAAUAUGUAGAACCUACUCAUCAGUAUGGGAGGAAGAGUGAAUAUGAGGAGCCAAGUUCGGAGUACGGGUCGGGUUAUGGGGUUAGACCAGAAGGAUAUGGGAGGAAGCCAAGUUACGGGCAGGAGGAAGGGGAGAGGCCAAGUUAUGGGCGUCCAAGCUACCAGACUGAGGAGGUGGAAGGGUAUGAGAGGCCUCGUUAUGGUAGGUCUGAGGAGGAGGAUUAUAGGAAGCCUAGCUAUGAGAGACGUGGUGAUGAUGAUGAGGGCUAUGGUCGCAAGAAAUAUGGUGAUGAUGACAACUCCGAUGAUGAUGAGGAGAAGGAACGUCGCCGCCGCCACCACCACCAUCGCAAGCACUAUGAUGAUUGAGCAGUGUGCUAUAUAAUCAUCUGAACGAGAUUCAUGCCAUACUAAAAACUAUCACUACUAAAUAAAAGUUGGCAUGUUUGUGCAAUGCUUUUUGCGAGUGUUUGCUAUUUUGGCACUUCGCUGGACUUUCUAGUUAUUUGUGUGAUGUAUUUUGCUCUUACUUCAAACAAUAUCCCAGACAUUUGUCAGGGUUAGUAUGUCAUGAAUGCAUAAAACUUUGUGAUCGUUA